AUGGCAGACUUGCGGGGGCUGUCGAAGGCCCAUGUCAUCCUGCUGGCCACGCAUAUCUGUGCUGCGGGCAAUCUUGCUAGUUUGCCGUUGUUACAGGCCCGCUUCCCUACCACGCUGCCCGCGGAGCGGCUCUUGCGGAUUAUCCUCACCUUCCUACCAGAGAGUACGGCGCCCCAACACUACACCCCGGUGGUGGAGCAGAUUGUUUACGGCACGCAGUCUGUGGACGCCGGUGUGCAGGUUGAUGUGUCGCCGGUGAAGGGGUUGUCGGAGGCGGCGGCGAGGAAACGUGUGCGGAAGCUCCGUCUGCGACCGCUGAGAUACGACGACGACGACGACGACGACGACGACGAAGAGGACGAGGGAAACAGAGAUAAUAAAGAUAAUGAUGAUAAGCUGUUGACGUGGUUUCUCAUUCACCGAGCAAACAGGAUUGAUUCGGAGACCGGCCUGCAGCCGCUGAUUCUCGACCUCCUGCUUCCCUUCUAUCAGCGCUUGUCGACGAUUCGGACCUGGUUGGUUUCCAGUCUUCUGCCGCUGUUGCGUCUCAACUACGAAUACUACCCGGGGAGGGAGGCGUCGCUCUCGCUAGACGUCUUGGAGUUGAUGGACGGCCACACGGCCAUCAACGUGCUAUUGUCUAUGACCGGGGGGGACGCCCACAAAAAUAAUACCAUGGAUUUGGUCCAGAAUCUGCGGGGAUUGGUCGGCUCCUGGAUCUACGGGAGCAAUCGGACAAAGCGCCGCAAGCUCAAUGAGGCCGCGGAGCGCAAUUCUAUCGCCCUCGUGAUGACGGACGAGGUCGGCUCCCAACGGGCGUCGGGCUGGCAGUACGUCAACGAAUGGCUUCUCGCUCGCAGUCUGGUCGACCGGGAGAGUGUCGUAUCGGCGUUCACCAACUGGCAGGGUCCUGAAGACGUCGAUCUGGGCGGUUAUGCCGAGGCAAACGAGUCGCUCUCGGAAGGAGAUCGAGUCCGGCUGAGACAGCGGUAUGCCCAGUCCGCUCUGGCGAGCAUCUACGCCAACCCGGAAUCUUCCCAGUCGGCCCUUGCAGGGUCGGUCCAGGUGCUCGCCAAGAUUGCCGGCCUUGUCGGCCUUCAAGACUCGGUGUCUCUCUCCCUUGACGACCAAGGACUGCCGCUUCGCAUCAAGUUCGAGGCUGGUCCAAUCUCCGCAACGUCGAGAGCCUCCCUGCUGCAGAACGCAUUGCUGGUCUCUUCCAACCCGCUGACCUGGCCUUCUGCGCCUGCAGUCGCCUUCCUCGGCGGUGUACUGCAGUCUGCCCAGAUCUUGGAUGAGCUGGGCCAUCCCAUUCCAUGCAGGACGGCAGCUGGUGUGUGUCUCCACGGGCACGAGGAUCUGCAGUUAUUGGAGCUGAAAAACGUCAUCUCGUCCAUCACUCAGAAUACUCGGUCUCGCCGUGACUGGACGAAAGUCCGCCAGCAGCUGCUCUGGCUUCGAGACUGGCAGACUCUCGCUGACCAAGACCGACCGGCAUACCAUGGUCUUUUCUGGCGGGUCCCUCGGCAGACGGUCGAAGCGGAGAUUCUCAAAGCCAUGUUGGCAGCCAAGGAAUAUCAAUUGGCAGCGGAUAUCUACACGAAGGCUCAUGCCCCCAUCAACCUGGAGCAGGUGGAGACCGCUGUCGAGGACUCUAUCUUCGAAGCCUAUGACAAUGCGAGUAAUGGCAACCGAACUCGGGGAGGGAUGAAACGGGCAUACGAGAUACUUCAAACGUUUGAACCGCACUUCCCCGAAUCUGCCAAUUUCAAGCAGAUCCGCACUCUCAUCGCCGCGACGCAUGCGCUGUCCUUUUACUCGCUGACCCUGCAGCACGGCGUGCCCUUCCAACCGGUCAGCAUCCGCGUGCACGCGGACCCGAUCUCUCUGAUCGAAAAAGUACUGGACCAGAACCCCAAGAGCUACACGAAACUAGACGACCUCCUCUCCAUCGGACGCAACCUGGUCGCAGGCCUGGGAACCCAGCGUGCAGACACGGCGGAUCAAGCCACCGUCACUGCCGAGCGACGCAUCAUCGCUCUCGCCAUCUCGGCCGCCCUUGCCGCCCACGACUUUGGCACCGCCUACUCGUAUAUCCUCACACGGAUGACGCCGCCUUCGUCCUUCUCUCCGACCGUCGGCGACGGCGUUUCCGACGACAUCUCCUGGCGCGCAGUCUACCAAGCCGGUCGGUACCGGUCCCCGCCCACGACCGGUCCCCCGCCCUCGCUCGACGGACAAAUCACCCAGCUCUCACAGCGGAUGGAGCUGCUCUCGCUUGCCCUUGUGCUCAGUCCCUCGCCGGAUCCCUUGCCGGAAAUCCUGGGCGCCUGGCGCCGAUGUGAUGAGGAACUUGCCGUGCUCCGCGCCCGCGAGGCCGACGAGGCCGAACUCUGGGAUCGAAAGGGAGACAUCUCUUCUUCUUCUUCUUCUUCUGUGCCGGGCGGGUUCGGCCCGACAGACACCGAACAGGACGCCUUCGAUACGGCGCGCCAACGGGCACGAAGAGCACGACUACGUGCGUACGAGGGCGGGGGGGAGGCACCGAUGGGACUCUUCGAUGUAGCGAGGGGGGCAGCCCGGGCGUUCAGAAGUAACAUCUCUCCAUCUACUACUUCUGCUGUUCCUGCUACUACUACUGCUACUGCUGCUACUGCUGAUGCUACUUCUACUGCCGAUGGCGAACGGGUCCGCAAACGCGACAUGGUGAGCAAUAUGGUGACGGGGGGUCUAGCGAGUGGGAUUGGAUGGGUAUUAGGCGCUCAGCCUGUGGACAGAAGCCAGCUAUAG